CCGCGCGUCCUCGGGUUCUUUGUGCGCUUGCGCGCUUGUGCCUCUCUCUCUCCCCGCGGAGCCUAGCUGAGUCAGUCAGUCUGUCGGAGUCAGUCUUCCGAACCGGCAACGCGAGGUAGAUUCGGAUAGCCUGCUGCUGGAUUAUCCUGUGUCCCCUCCCACUCUCCCGCCCCACAGCUCUCUUCACCUCUCUCCCGCCCUUGCUCGUGCAGCCAUGGCGGAGUCGUCGGCGGCCACUCAGUCCCCGUCAGUCUCCUCGUCGUCCUCCGGGGCCGAGCCGUCAGCGCUUGGAGGCGGCGGGAGCCCCGGAGCCUGCCCCGCCCUGGGGCCGAAGAGCUGCGGCUCCUCCUGUGCGGAUUCCUUUGUUUCUUCCUCUUCCUCUCAGCCUGUAUCUAUAUUUUCGACCUCACAAGCAGGAUUAACCUCUCUUUGCUCUGAUGAGCCACCUUCAGAAAUUAUGGCUUCUUCCUUUGUUUCAUCUUCUGAAAUACAUAACCCUGACCUUACAACAGUGCUUGGAGAAAAAUGUGAAACGUUAUGCAGCCAGUUUGUUCUAGCUAAAGAAGGAAAAGACCCCUUGGUUCUUCUAGAUAAGAAAAGGCUGGACACGGAUCAGGGAACCAACGAGGAUGGAGUAGAAGCUCCAGUUUCCCUUUCACCUGGCAUUCCUGGCAACCGCCCUUCCCUUCCAGACAGUUUCCCAGAGCAGCCUGCUUUUCUCUCGAAGGAGACUGGCCCAGCAGAAGAUUGGGUAGCCAAAGACCAAGAACCCAAGAACCCAAACAAGGCUCCAAGUGGAGAGGACAGAAGUACACUGGAUCUUGGGCAGUCUAAGGCAGAACAUACUUGUACAUACUCCUUGUCCCCAUCUGAACUUUCAGGAGCCAGCGUAGAAAAAGAUUCUCCUGAGUCGCCAUUUGAAGUAAUUAUUGACAAAGCAACAUUUGAUAGAGAAUUUAAAGAUUUGUAUAAGGAAAGCACAAAUGAUUUGGAUGGCUGGGCAGCUCACGGUGAUAGAGAAUCUGCCGCAGACUUGUUGGAAAUGAAUGACAAAGUGUUUCCACUGAGAAAUAAAGAAGCAGGGCGGUACCCGGCCUCUGCACUGCUCGGCAGGCAGUUCUCACACACCACAGCAGCGCUAGAAGAGGUGUCUAGAUGUGUGAAUGAUAUGCAUAACUUUACUAAUGAAAUACUGACUUGGGACUUAGUUCCCCAAGCAAAACAACAAGCUGAAAAACCAUCUUCUUGUACCACAAAAAGUACAGGACUAGACAGGAGUGAGCAUCGCUCAGAAAUUCCAGUUAUAAAUCUUAAAAUAAACACUCAUCAGAAAAUGCCUGUAUGUUCUCUUAAUGGGAGCACCCCCAUCACCAAGUCCACAGGUGACUGGGCAGAAGAGUUUACAGAGGGAAAGCCUGUAAGAGACCAACUCAGAUCCACAAAAGAAGCCAGUAGUAGAGGUGAGCCAGGCAGGUCCCAGCCUCCUCCAGAGCUGCCUGGCUCUGGGCCUGCGAAACAGGUCUCGGGCUCUGGAGCAGCCACAGUGGAAGUGGCUUUACCUGACCAGAGGGAUGUCUGGCCUAACUCCAUGUUGGGGGAAGUCACAGAGGUUGAUAGUUCGGGGGAGUCCGAUGACACAGUCAUAGAGGACAUUACAGCAAAUCCCUCAUCUGAGAACAAGCAUGUUUUGCCUGAAACAACUGACUCUCUUCCAAGCCCUGCCACAAAAGGAAGUGAAAGGGGAAUCAAAGAGACUCCCAGUUGUGAAACUGUGCAGAGUGAAAUGUGUGAAAACCCUGAGGAGCCAAGCAGUGCUUUGGAGCUGCAUCAGGCUCAGCCAGAAACUCCUACUCAGGGAAGUCUGGAAGGUGAGACGGUGUGCUCACAAGUACCUGAUACUCUGAAUGAAGUCACACCUGAAAAGCCUGCUGUAACCCACAACCCCAAAGUUCCCUCAGCAGCACCUCCAAGUGUUGUUAGUGAGACAAGAUUCUCUCUAACUGUGGCAACUUCUGCCAAAAUGGAGUCUUUUCUUGGAAAAUAUGUUAAAGAUAAAGUUGGCUCCUCCCCAGAGGACUUGAUGGCUGCUCUCCCAGGAACCAGGAAGGGGAGCGUAGAUGAAGAGGAAGAAGCAGUGUUGGAGAAGACAGCAGACUUGAAAAGCACUUUGCCUGUGGAACUCUUGCAUGAAAGUAAGCGAGGUGGUUCUGAAGCCAAAGACACGAAAAGCAAAUACAGUGAGCAUAGCAGAGAAACAAGCGGAGGUCCCCUCGCGGUGUCCCCCGACUUAGAGCAGGAGCAGCUCACCAUCAGAGCCAUUAAAGAAUUAGAGGAAAUGCAGGCUGAAGGAACAUCGCCUGGAGGAAAACUCAAGCACACCUUUGCUCCACAGUGGCCUCAGGGCUCAUCCGACAUCCUAGAACACACAGGUGGCAAGACUGGAUCUGAUCGUGGGAUAUCCAGAAGGCCUACUGUCAUCAAGGACACUAGAGUAGAUCCUAGUUCCAGCUUUAGCAAGACUGAAAUGGUUAACAAGCAUGUCCUAGCAAGACUUCUGAGUGAUUUCCCAGUGCGCGAUCUGAUUUUCUGGCGAGAUGUGAAGAAGACUGGGUUUGUCUUUGGUACCACGCUGAUCAUGCUGCUCUCUCUAGCAGCUUUCAGUGUCAUCAGUGUGGUCUCUUACCUCAUCCUGGCUCUUCUCUCUGUCACCAUCAGCUUCAGAGUCUACAAGUCUGUCAUUCAAGCUGUGCAGAAGUCGGAAGAAGGCCACCCCUUCAAGGCCUACCUGGAUGUGGACAUUACACUCUCCUCAGAAGCUUUCCACAACUACAUGAACGCUGCAAUGGUGCACAUCAACAGGGCCCUCAAACUCAUCAUUCGCCUCUUUCUGGUAGAAGACCUGGUUGACUCUUUGAAGCUGGCUGUCUUCAUGUGGCUGAUGACCUACGUUGGUGCUGUUUUCAAUGGAAUCACCCUUUUGAUUCUUGCUGAGCUGCUUGUUUUCAGCGUCCCAAUUGUCUACGAGAAAUAUAAGACGCAGAUCGACCACUAUGUUGGGAUUGCCCGAGAUCAGACCAAGUCAAUUGUUGAAAAGAUUCAAGCAAAGCUUCCUGGAAUUGCCAAAAAGAAGGCAGAAUAAGCACAUGGAAGCCAGAAGUGCAACAGUUACUAAAAUGCCAUUUAAUAGUUAUAACAUCAUCACUUGUACUAUGACGGAACUUGCUCAGUGUCAGCUUGAGCUUGGUUCCAAGUUGUUCUUUUUAAUUUGGUGUUCUCUCCCCUCCUCUCCUUUUCCCCUCAGUACCAAGCACAAGAUGUGUUAGACUGAAAAAAGAACUGAUCUCUUAGAAUCCAAAAAAUAAAGAGUGAAU